AAUAAGAAUCGAAUAGUGAUGUAUUUGCUUCAAUUCGAUUCGUAUACACCCCUAGCUUACGUCACACUAGUAAUUCUUAAUUUUUAAACGUUCAUUUUUGUGAGUUGGGCCUAUAGAAUUCUAAAUUUUUAAAACAAGGUUCUCCGCACAGUCGAUCGGAGACCACAAGAGUCCUGUCCAGCGCGACGAUUUUAGCGAGAUAACCAGGUCUGCAUACCAUUCUUUUUCAGUUUAUCAAUUGCGUUAAAUAACAUCUUUAAUUUUUGAAGUGUAUUUAUAUGAUUUAAUAUUGAAGUGUAAUAAAUCUGUGUUCUUUGUUGAGUCUUGCUACUUUGAAUUACCUCUUGGUGAUUACAUUAUUUGAUACUUAGAAAUAUUUUAGUUUAAAGUUAUGCCCACCAAGUGUUUGAUGAAAUGCCACACUUAACAAGAAGGCGAGACAACAAUAUACUUUUGGGUUUUUUUUAAUAUCUUUAUACUCUGUUCUGUUUUUUGAACUGGUUCAUACUUGAGUCCUUUUUUCUGGUUUUGUUUUGGUUCACCAAGUGUUUGAUGAACUGAUUUUUUUUGUAUUAUGCUCUGCUCUUUAUGCGUGAACUGCUUUAUACUUGAAUUGGUUUAUGCUUGAACUGAUUUUUAUGCUCUGUUCUUUGGUUCACCAAGUGUUCUCUUUUUUGUAGCCAUUAAACAAAUAUGUAUUCUGUUCUUGAAGCCAUUAAACAAAUAUGUAUUCUGUUCUUUGGUUCACCAAGUGUUCUGUUUUUGAAGCCUUUUUUUGGUUUUAUGCUCUGUUCUUUGGUUCACCAAGUGUUCUGUUUUUUGACGAGGACUAUGAUAACAAUUCCUCAAUCUCUGAGGAUAUCAAUAACGACGAUGACCAUGAAAUGAGCGGUGAGGAAUCUGAGGAUGACAAUUAUUCUGAGCAUGAGAGUAAUGAUGAGGAUCGUGACAUCAGUGGCAAAAACCUUAAAGGUGAUGAAACUGAAACAAUUUCACGCGAACGUCACCGUAAGCGUGUUCGUGCAAUCCCUCGAGAGGAGUGGCCCAAGGAUGAAUCUGGAUGAUGGAUUCUUCGCUGUGUUGGAAACGGGUGGGUUCCAUCACAACCGGGAGUAGAUGCUUUGAACGAUGCAAUUAUGAGCUCGUAUGGGGAUGCUUGGCAGAGUUGGACUUUGGUGCCUGAAGAUGUUAAGGCCAGAUGGUGGGAUUUUUUAAAGGAGCGAUGUACCUGGAAUUCCAUUCGUGCUGACACCAUGAAAAACAUUGGAAACACAAGGGAUCAAAGCGUCUUUCUAGUUUGCUUUGCCAUGCAAGAGCUGCGAACAAAAGGCCAAAUUGGUGUGGAGAGGCUGCUUGAAAUGACUUAAAAACGUACUGGUCUACAAAAAAAUAUAAAAUAAUAUAUAAUCAGAAUUUGAAGAAUCGAGGUUCCGCUAAAGGGGGAGCACUCCACACCACUGGCUGCGUCUCACACCUCGAUGUAAUUGAGCAAAUGGUAUGAUUAGCAUUAAGAAAAUACUUAAUUAAAUUCUUUUAUUCCAUAUAUACUAUUCUUUGAGUAACUUUUGAGGCUUAUUAUGGAUGGUUGGGAAAUAACCUCUCUUUGUGUGUUUCUUAUUAUGGUCAAGCAUAUACUUGACCAGUCAUAUAUAUAAGAAUUGCAGCAAGUGUGAUCUGGAGGCUUAGACAACUGCCAAGUCUGGGAAAUAACAUCUCUGUGUUUCU